AUGGCUUCUGGUACGAUCUUGGCGGCGGUCACUACGCUCUCUAUGACGGACAUACAGGAGUUCCCGUCAGAUUCGGUUCUCGCUCGCCCAGGUCUUUGGACUACUCUUGGGCAUGUCGUUCUUGGAGGGCCUCUUGACCACGUUCGACAGGAGGACGACCUCGUGACUCUAGACGGCCGGCAACCCAGCGAACUUGGACCUGUGGUAGAGGUUACCAACUAUCCUGUCUUAACCGAACCCGAGGAUAUCGUCGAUUAUCUUCUCGUCCGACAUGGUCUUGAAGUGGUGUCUGAACUCCUUAGACCAGUCCAGUUCAUCUACACGUAUAGCUACGUGGGCAUAGAGACCGUUAGCUCAGAGCGCCGGGGCUAG